AUGCUGAAAAUAGCUUCAAUUGCAGGAUAUGGCCACGGCAAUGAUCAAUAUGAUCAUCAGGGCGGGCAUGGCUAUGGCGGUUAUCAUCACAAUUCGCAUUGGUCAUACGAUUCAUAUCCUCCAGGCUGGGUUUAUGAUGAUUAUUAUCAUCACCACAAGGGUAAAAAAAAUUGGUUUUGUGGAGCCGACGAAUUUUGGCCGUUAAGUAAAUUGAAGAACGGUAAAACAGUUGAGAAUGUCUGCGGUCAAUAUGAUGGUACAGCUAAACACUAUGCUGCUGUUUUAUGGCCAUGCCCUCCUCAACCGGGUGGUAUUGGUACAGAUGGCCAAAGCUGGGUGCAUCUUGGUGAAUAUACCAAUGAAUGUUUAGGAAAUUUAUCACUUUGUACUAACGGUUUAACCGUCAGUUUAUGGAUCAAGAUGAUCGCACGAUAUGGUUAUCAUAAUGAUGGUUAUUAUGUUAGUGCUGGCGGAUUAAAAGAUUUUUUUAGAAUCGCAUUAUUUUCCGGCAAACACCCCUACUUUAUUGCUUCCGUUGGCAAUUUUAUCUACUACUCCACGAUUCCGUCUAGAAUUAUAGGCAAAUGGGCUCAUGUUCUUUUUACUUUUAACGGACUUAAAAAAUUUCGUCUUUUUGUGAACACAAAAGAAUGUGAAGUUAGCCGAUACCAUUACGCUCCAUCGCAUUAUAAUUUUACUAAAUUUUUACUUGGGCGAUCGAUUCACCAUAAAACAACGACAAAUGCUAAAUUUAGCCAAGUUGCUGUAUGGUAUCGUAAAUUAAAUUGGCAUGAAAUAUGCAAGGUUUAUCUUGGAUCAAGAAAAACCUUGAAGAACUGUCAAUCAUGGUAUAAGAAAAUUGAAUGUGAUAAGGAAACAUCGUCUAUCAUUCCACAGCCAAGUACUACUUCUAUCGUUCAACCGAUAUCAAGUCGAGAAGAUGAAAUAACUAGUCAAAUCUCGAGCAUAAUUGAGACGACAAGCGUUGUUUCAUCAUCUUCUAUUGGUACAAGAAGCAGCGUAAGCAGUUCCGAUGUUGUGCAAAGUACAUCCGUUCUUUCAAGUGAAAUAUCAAGUAUUUUAGAAAGCGAAUCUGAAUCUUUAGUCUUUUCCUCAGAGGAAAGUGAAGAAUUUCUUACUAGUACCGAAACAUCUGUACCAGAAAUUGUUACUACUGUUGUUACUAGCUCAGUUAAGUCAGAUAUUCUUUCGACUUCUAGUUUUAUCGAAUUGGAAAGUUUAUCUACUGAGCCACUUGAAAGUUUGUCAAGUAUCUGUAUUCAUUCAACGAAAACAGUUUAUACCACUACUACAAUUUCAAGAACUGUCAUUAGCUGUCCACCAUUGAUUGAAACUUUAACAAAAACUACAGAAGAAUUAGUCUUCACUUGUCCCUCUGUUUGCCCAAAUUUUGGCUUAACUACUAAACUACCACAUGUCAUACAGACAUUGUCUCCAACUUCUUCUAUUAGCAUUUGA